AUGCCCCACUUCCGGAAGAAGAGCCCACUGGGAAAGCAGCAAGACGCGCACGAGCUAGGCUGUCUGGAUAGCAAGGCGCUUCAGGUGCUGGUGGGCGCGCCUAAAGCCAACUCGACGCUCGGUCUGCACAGCAUACCGGAGACGGGCGCCAUGUUCAAGUGUAGCGUGGGGAGUCUCGGCUGUCGGGAGGUGGUGAUGGACACGUCAGACGACUCGCGUCGUCAGGGCCAGCCGCCGUUCUACUACCGGGACCGGCGGGACGGCGCCUGGAUCGGCGGCGCGCUCGACACCGACCCUUCACCCCAGGGCAAGGUGUCGGUGUGCGGCCACCGCUGGAUGAAUCAGCUGUCCAAGAGCAAUCAUUAUGGCAACGGCGUCUGCUACUGGAUGGAGGCGGGCGCCAACGAUUAUAAUGCCAGCAAGGUGGUGCCUCUCGUCGAGAGCAGCAAACAGAUGCUGCGUACGAGGGGAGGCCAGGACGAACGCUUCCUGUACGCGUAUGGAGAGGCAGGCAUCUCGGUCCACUUUGCCAAGAACGGCUCGGAGCUGCUGAUGGGGGCGCCGGGUGUGUACAACUGGAAAGGCACCGUGGUGCGACUCUCUGGCGACACCUACAUCAGCGUCGACUCGAACCAGCGGCGGCGGCGGCGGCGGCAGGCUCUCGACUCGCAGCCACUGAGCGUGUCACGCAUCCCCAACCCGUACCUGACCGACGCCGUCAACGAGUACGACUACUUCGGCUACGCCGUUAGUUCCGGGGAGUUUCUAGGCGACGGCCGCACGUACUACGUGGCAGGUGCUCCACGUGCUGCCUUCGGAUAUGGAAAGGUGUUCGUCUUCGACUUCCCGCCGAACGAGCUGGCCGGCUUGGCUGUGGUGUUGGAGCGGCGCGGCGACCAGGUGGGCGAGUACUUCGGCGGUGCUGUGCUCGCCGCCGACGUUACCGGUGACGGGCGGCCGGAGCUGAUCGUGGGCGCACCACUGCACGCGGCGAGCGGCGGGCCCGGCGGCGCCGCGUCCGCCGGCCACGAGCACGGCCGCGUCUGCGUGUACCCGAACCUGGGCCGCGGCCGGGUCGGCGAGCAGCCGCUCGUGCUGACCGGAGACCGCGUCCACCGCGGCCGGUUCGGCUCGGCGCUGUCCAGCGUCGGUGACCUCGACCUGGACGGCUACAACGACAUUGCGGUGGGCGCCCCCUACGAGGAGGAUCAGCGUGGCGCCAUCUACAUCUACCUGGGCGGCGCCAGCGGGCUCAGCCCGACCCACAGCCAGAAGAUCCUGGCCUCGGAGCUGAGCGGCGCUCUUCGGGGCUUCGGCGUCAGCAUCUCGCACGGAGCCGAUAUGGAUGGCAACCAGUACUCAGACGUGGCGGUCGGCUCUUACCUGAGCGGUGAGGCGGUGCUGCUGCGCGCCCACCCUGUGCUGCGCUUUCACGCCCACCUCCGGCCCAGCACGGACAAGCUGCAGCCGGCCGACAAACAGUUCCAGGUCCGCGCCUGCCUCAAGUACUUCGGCCGCCACCUGCCCGACACCGUCCCGGCCAGCAUCCUUAUGAAGGUUGAGUCACGUCACGUGGUUUGUGCCUUUGAUGUACCAGGAGGGGCACGUGACAACUUCACCUACGUCCGUCAGCUGUCGUUUGAGAGCUAUACCUGCGAUGACUUCACCGUUCUGAUCAAGUCGGAGAGCUAUGACUUCAGCCAGCCGAUACAGCUGAGCAUGAGCUACGGCGUCUCGCCCAGCGACCCGGCCGUGGCCGGUCACACCCACCCGGCGGCGCCCGUCCUCAUCGCCACCGACGUCUCCAAGCGCGCCGUCCGCAGAGGUCGCCGGCAAGCCUCGCCGCUGGUGACCGGCGACCUGGCAGAGUUCUGCGCCACCUGCCCAGUGGUGCACCGCGGCGCGGCCGGCCAGACUCAGGUGACCGCCAGCGUGCCGUUCUCCAUCGGCUGCGGCGCCGACGCCGUCUGCCAGUCGGACCUGCGUGUCACGGCCGCCGUCACCGGCCUCGACGGCGACCGCUUCAUCAUCGGCGCCUCGCCCACCAUCGAUCUGGAGGUCAACGUCACCAACGUCGGCGAGCCGGCCUCGCUGCCGCGUGUGCAGGUGCGGCUGCCGCAGCCGGUGCGGCUGGUGCGCGUGCCGCAGCUCUGCUCGGAGCGCGAGACGGCCGACCACGUGCUGCUGACGUGCCACCUGGCGCCGGGCACCGAGCGGCUGACAGUGGCGCUGAACGUCAGCUCCGCCGGCGCCGAGGUGGCGCCCGCCGACAACACGGCCGACGUCACGCUGCGGCUGAGCACCGAGGCUGACAUCGCCGUCACCGGCCAAGCGCUGGAGCAAGGCGAGCUCUACUACGACAAGCAGGAGGACCGCGACGAGUCGGAGCGCAAUGACCCCAACUACGUCAUCAUCAGCCACCGGUACCAGGUGCUGCGCUACCUGCCGUCGCCGGUGGACGCCGUCAACGUCAGCUUCCUGGUGCCGGUGAACGUGACGGACACGGACGGCAGGUCGGUCCGAUUCCUGGACCUGUACCGGCCCAAGGCGGCCAUGGACGGCCGCGCCAUCGCCUGCAGCAUCCAGACCGGCUACUACCUGGCGUCGGACGGCGACAGCUAUGUGGAGGCGCCGCGCACCUGGCGGCGACGCUACGAACUAUCGCCGGAGCAGCGGCGCCAGCUGGCGGCGGUCGAGAGGCCGGCCAGCAGCGAAAACGCCACCACGGUGCUCAACUGCACACAGACGGCGGUCGCCUGCGUGCUGCUCCAGUGUCCGACGGUGGCCUUUCCGCGCAGGGAGAGCAGCCUUGUGGUCACGCUCUCCAUGCGCGUCAAACUGCACGAACUCGAGCCGCACGUGGGCGCGCGGGAUAGCCUGGUAAUCUCGACGGUGGGUCUGGCGGACGUGGGCGCCGUGCCGUACCAGCUGCAGCCGGCCGAUGGCCGGCCCGACGUGCACCAGGUGCACACGGUGCUGCUGCCCUCCUCGCUGCAGCCGUUCCCCGUCUGGGUGAUCGUGGUGGCCGUGCUCGGGGCGCUGAUGCUGCUCGCCGCCAUCACCUAUGGCCUCUAUAAGCUCGGCUUCUUCAAGCGACGGCGGCCCGAAGGCGCCGAGUGACGUCACCCGCCCGAACCGUAGCCAAUCGCGCCCUCCGAUCUCCGCGGACGACGUCCGGAUGACGUCAGCCCCGCGACAAAGCCCGCCGUGCGAGCGGCACCGGGACGGCGGUUCGUCCCGCUCUAGUCACGGGCGAGCGGCCGAGCCGGCCGCCGGCCCGCGCGCCGCCGUCCAGCGCGGAAGCCGACAGGACAGUGCUGCCAGCGCGCGGCGGCGCGUGCCUCCCGUGAGCAGUAACCCGCCGACACGGCGGGUGGUGGCCGCCCGACCGAGCGGCACCCGGCAGCGCGGACAGAGAGCAGCCGCGCCGCUCCCUCGGUGGCGCCGCCUCCGCCGGCCCCGCCCGACGCGCCACCCAUUCCACGGCUCAACGGUGACCCAGCGAGGGCCACAGCGGUGCUCCUCGCCGUGCCAGGCACGCCCGAGCACCGGAGCACCUGUAUGAUGAUGUAUGUGAUAAACGCUGGUGAGUGAGGGAGCAGUGUCGAUCCAACGAGUGUUCUGUGCGAUGUGCGUGGGCGCGGUCCCGGACGUGUUGAUACCGUGGAGAGACAGAGAUGCUUAUAACCAGUUGCGCGAUAUGUGGUAAUUUGACGAUGUUGAUGCAAGCGUCCCAAGAACGGAAGAGAAGCAGCGCAAAAAUAGGUAUAUUUUCAUCCCACCCAGCCGGGGGAAAUUGCGCUCUUACAAUAUCAACCGUCAGCUUUAUACCUUGCCUUUUGUAAAAAAUAAAGCUAACAAUGCGCCCGACGACAGAAAAACCAAGGUCAUGGCAAAGUUGAUUGCGCAACACCAGACCGAUCAAAAAAAAAAAA